AUGGUGCAGGCGACGGUGUGGAAUCAGGUUCUGACGCCGUCGCGGGGACAGCAGAAUCCGUUGAAUUUUUCGGGGGGUGUGUCAGGGGGAGGAGGCGCUUCGGCGAACGGGCCGCGGGGUGUAGGGGGUCAGUCGCGGUCGCUGAGAAUGGAGGAUUUGAUUGCGAAGAGUACGGAGCCGCCGAAUGAUGAGAUGGGAGCUCGUAUCCUGCAGGCAUAUUUGAGGCGGUUGCAUGUGCGGUAUACGUUUCUGGAUCGGCGUGAGUUGUGGAGGCUGCACGAGGAUCGGUUUCGGCUUUCUAAGACGAAACGCGAGGAGCUUUCGCAGGCGGAGAGAUUCGGGCUUUUCAAAUUGUAUCUGGUGUAUGCAAUUGGGGCGACGACUUUGGAUCUGAGUGAGAAGUACACUUAUGUUCCACCAGAGGUAUGUUUCCUAUGCAAAGGGAGAGGGCAGUGCUAA